UACAAUAACCUCCAUGUACGAAACACGAUCCUGAAUAGCGUCAUGUACACGAAAGAAAAAAAUAUCACAGUAACCUUUUAUAUAAAGCUAGUGUUGAACAUAAUCAGGUCGUGUGGGAAUUAAUUUCUAUUUUCAUUAAUUUCCAUGUCUCCUUUUUUGAAGACAUAUCAGAUACAGCCUGAGCUGGGAGUCAGGCAAGAUAUUCGCUGUCCAGAAUAUCCACAAAUAGGGUGUUUUACCUAUAAACCCUUCAUCAGCAGGGAUUUACGCUGGCGCUGGCUUUGAAUGUUUGGCAAGUUGGAAUAGUGGAAGUAAGUAUUACAAGGUAAGUGGCACGAAAUACAUAUCCUGUGUGGAGCGCUAUAGCUAUUUUCAUCGUAUGAUAUUGGUGAUACACCACGAGAAAUUUACAGUAAUUUUAACCAGAUAGUGGAAUGUUGGGGGGGUGUCAAAAGGAGAAGGUAAUUGCCGCUGACGCCCAGCCACUCCCCUUGACAGAGGCUCCUCUCUCUCCAUCCCCUGCUCUCUCUCUCUCUCUCUCUCUCUCUCUGUCGGAGUUGCCACUGAUGCUGCAGAUUGUUGCUUUAUCUCCAGCAGCAGCAGCCAUGGCGACAAUGGUCCAACCGCUUACUCUGGAUCGAGACGUGGCCAGGGCCAUCGAGUUGCUGGAGAAGCUACAGGAGUCUGGGGACGUCCCGGCUCACAAGCUGCAGUCUCUCAAGAAGGUGCUGCAGAGUGAGUUCUGCACCGCCAUCAGGGAGGUCUAUCAGUACAUGCAUGAGACAAUAACAGUGAAUGGCUGUCUGGAGUACCAAGCCCGGGCCACGGCUAAGGCAACAGUUGCAGCCUUUGCUGCCAGCGAGGGCCACUCGCAUCCCCGUGUGGUGGAGCUGCCCAAAACCGACGAAGGGCUCGGCUUCAACGUGAUGGGCGGCAAGGAGCAGAACUCACCCAUCUACAUCUCACGCAUCAUCCCGGGGGGCGUGGCCGAGAGGCAAGGCGGCCUGAAACGGGGCGACCAGCUGCUGUCCGUCAACGGCGUGAGCGUGGAGGGCGAGCACCACGAGAAGGCAGUGGAGCUGCUGAAGGCAGCCAAGGACAGUGUGAAGUUGGUGGUGCGCUACACGCCCAAAGUCCUGGAGGAGAUGGAGGCACGUUUCGAGAAGCUUCGCACGGCCCGACGGCGCCAGCAACAGCAGCUGCUCAUCCAGCAACAGCAGCAGCAGCAGCAGAACCCGGCUGCCCAGCAGAACCACACCUCGUAGCUUCUUCCACAAGAAGAAGAAGUAGAAGAUCACGGUCAGGCAGCAUCCGAAGCUCGCCCCCGCGUGCUCCCCCAGAGACAACGAAACGUCUAUUUUUCAGUCUGGGCUAGUCCACCUUCCACGAAGCUGCUGUACCCCCUAGCUGAAGAGCGGCGUAGUGAACACCCAGGAUAUGUACCCAACACACUGGUGCUUGAAAUACACACACACACAGACACAUGUAUGAUCCUGUACAAAUGCAGGUCUGCACAUCCCAUAGAGUAGUUGUUACUAUAUAAAAACUGUUCAAAAACAGAAUGCAGAAUAUUACACCAUCCUAUUUCUUGUUUCUGUUUUUUAUACCUGGUUUACUGACUUCUUUCUUCUUUGCAUAAUUUACUUUGUAGAAAAAGCUGUGUCCCUGUGAUGUUUGUAUCCCGACUGUGUAAAUGAGUAUUUAUAUGUCAGAUUUGGUCCGGUUAUGAAUACAUGACUUUUUAUUUUUUUUACCUAAUGUACUGUAGCGAUAAACUGUUUUGUAUAGAAACACUAGCAGCUCAGCAAUAAGACUCGCUAAGCAUGGGGCACAAGGCUGAAGAACAUGUGGAUGGACUUCCACAAAGAAAGGAGUCAGGCAUACCAGCCCUGAAGGAAAAAUGGAUGGGAAGACAAGUUAUUUUUUAAUGUCUUUUCCUGUGGAAAUGAUUUGGCCUGAAAGAGUGGAAAAAAAGGACCUUUACUGCUAAUCAAUAAUAUGAAUUUAAUCUAAAAAAGCAACAGUGAAGUACUACUGGAAAGUAAAUGCCAAGACUUGAAUUUUAUGAUAGUGAUUUACUGUAGUUCUAUCUAUAUGGAGGAAACACCAUGAAAUAUAUAAUCACCAAAUUUAAUAUGGCAAAAAUAAUGUUUGCGCUGUGUCCAUGAGGCAAACUACGGUAAAAAAGAUAUGCAGUAUAUAUUUAUUCAUUUAUAAUAUUUUGUUAUUUCGGAACAUUUCUAUUAAAUAGUUUGUCAGAAAUUUUAUGAGAAAAACAUUGUUUCAGAAGAAUGUCAGGUAUAACGGUAUAAAGAAAGAUAAAUUCUGCUGUACUUUACGUAAGGUACAUGGGUGUAAAAUCACUGCUAAUGUACUAGGAUGGUGUAUAAUGAAAGAUACAUUCUGCUGUACUUUAUGUGUGGUACAUGGGUGUAAAAUCACUGCUGAUGUACUAGGAUGGUAUAUAAUGAAAGAUACAUUCUGCUGUACCUUAUGUGUGGUACAUGGGUGUAAAAUCACUGCUAAUGUACUAGGAUGGUAUAUAAUGGAAGAUACAUUCUGCUGUAUUUUAUGUGAGGUACACAGGUGUAAAAUCACUGCUAAUGUACUAGGAUGGUAUAUAAUGAAAGAUACAUUCUGCUGUACUUUACCUGAGGUUCACGGGUGUAAAAUCACAGCUAAUGUACUAUGAUGGUAUAUAAUGAAAGAUGCAUUCUACUGAACUUUACGUGAGGUACAUGGGUGUAAAAUCACUGCUAAUGUUAGCAGGAUGGUAUAUAAUGAAAUGAUCCCUUUCAUUCUGUCACGGGCAGUUGAGACGCCUGUAUCUGAUUCUCUUUCACCUUUUCUGGGGUGUUGGGUCUUUUCUUUACAUGGAGAGUACGGCUAAGUGAACUGCCACAGUGCUUCUGAAACCUGCCCGCCAGUCGGUACUUGACCUGGCCCCCUUCCACCUCCGUGGAUCCACCCCUUUCUAAUGUCAUGGUACAGUUCUCUUAGUAAGGACUUUGUCUUGUUUGUUUCUUCCAUGUCUGUUACGUUUUAACGAAGGUGAGUCUCCAAAACUGCCUAAAUAUCAUAAAUAUCCUACCUUGUGACUAACAAAGUGGAGCUGAGGACUUUUCGCCUCAGUGAAUUCCUGUCCUGCCAGACCACUCAUCUCUGUAUUUUUGAAUGCUUGUAUUUUCAAGGCUGGAUGUAUCAUAUUAUACAGAAAAAAAAUCUGUGAUAUGCAAUUGUUAUAAAUAUUAUAUUUGUAUAAAUAAAUAUAUGUGUGCAACAUAUUUGUAUAAAGCAAACAAU